AUGCCUAGUGGUGGUAGCAGGAACUCUCUUGUUGUUGGAAGAGUGAUUGGGGAUGUGUUGGACCCUUUUCAAAGCACAAUCCCUAUGAGAGUAUCGUACGGUAAUAGAGAUGUAACCAAUGGCUGCGAGCUUAAGCCUUCUCAUGUAGUCAACCAGCCUAGAGUUACUAUUGGUGGAGAUGACCUCAGGAAUUUCUACACCCUGGUUAUGGUUGAUCCAGAUGCACCUAGUCCAAGUAAUCCUAAUUGCAGAGAGUACCUCCAUUGGUUGGUGACUGAUAUUCCAGCAACAACAGGAGUUAAUUUUGGUAAUGUGAUAGUGAACUAUGAAAAGCCACUACCAACCAUGGGGAUUCAUCGUUUUGUGUUUGUGUUGUUUCGACAACCGGGAAGACAAACAGUAUAUGCUCCUGGAUGGAGACAAAACUUCAACACAAGAGAGUUUGCUGAGCUUUAUAAUCUUAACUCGCCUGCUGCUGCUCUCUUCUUUAACUGUCAAAGGGAGUCUGGAUCCGGUGGAAGAACAAUGAUGAAUUAA